AUGGGGAAGACGUCGAAGGAUAAGCGCGAUAUCUACUAUCGGCUAGCCAAGGAGCACAAAUGGCGCGCCAGAAGUGCUUUCAAAUUGAUGCAAAUCGACGACGAAUUCCACAUUCUGAGAGGUUUGUGGUUUAUAGUUCUCAGUGAAACUUUUUUGGUUCCUUUUCAGGCGUCACAAAAGCCGUGGAUUUAUGUGCGGCGCCGGGAAGUUGGAGCCAGGUGCUGUCAAAACGUCUCUACGCCGAGGACAAGAACGCGAAAAUCGUCGCCGUGGAUUUGCAGCCGAUGGCCCCGAUUCCUGGCGUCAUCCAGUUACAAGGAGACAUCACUGCCGUAAGUCGAUUUCUUAUGUUACGUAGUUCAAAAUUAGUAAUUCAGCUUGAAACAGCGAACCAAGUCAUCGAAAAGUUUUCCGGCGAACACGCGGACAUCGUCGUUUGCGAUGGCGCUCCUGAUGGUUUAUUCAUUGAUUUCUUUGUUAUCAAGCUCUGAAAAUAGCUUCAUUUUUCUAUAAUCCUAGACUUUUACAGUGACCGGUCUCCACAGUUUGGACGAAUUUUUGCAAUCCGAGUUGGUUCUGGCUGCUUUUACCAUCAUGACGAGGACCUUGAAACAUGGCGGAACUUUUUUGGCCAAAGUAAGCCUUUUCAGGUUAUUAAGAGUUGAGGGAAAAUGUCAUUUCAGGUUUUCCGUUCACGCGACUCGCCGUUGUUGUAUGCUCAGAUGAAGAAGUUCUUCAAGCAGGUCUACUUGGCCAAACCGAGAAGUAGCCGCGCUUCCAGUUGCGGUGAGCAUUUUGGGUCAUUUGACAGAAUAUCCAGAAACAUGAGGGAAAAUAAUUGUGCUUUUAACCAGUACGCUUUUAAACGAUAUAAUGAUGGGCUCGGAACUUUUCAUAUGUAAUUUUGUUUCUUAAAAUUAUUCUGGAUUUUUCGGAAUUUCUUCUUUUAUAAAAGAAUAAUUUUUUUUUAUUUGGCCGUUUAUUGGAAAGAUUAUCUAGCAAUGCUCACUUGACGAAUUUCAAGACAAGCUUCAGAAGCCUUUCUGCUCUGUAUAGAUUAUUCUCCGCCAGAAGGCUUCCAGCCGACGAUGGAAAGGCCCUCGAUCGACAGAAAUCGUGAGCUGCAAGACUAUUCCAGUGGUUCAAAGAGUUGCAGGGGAACUGACACAAGAGGAACUCAUGAACGAGUGCUACAUCGACUUCGUUUCUUGCGGCGACAUGAGCGGCUGGGACAGCGAACAGAGUUAUCCGCUCGAUCUCCAGCUCUCGUAUCCUCGUGGAUCCAACGUUUUCGCUUCGAGGUUAAUUCAAAAUAGUUUAAAGAUUGAACUACUGGGUAUAUUAUUUUUAAUUUGGUUUUUGGAAUGCUUUAUUAAAGAAUUUUGUUUCAAAAUUUCUGAAAAUGUAGAACAGGGUUCAGAAAAAAAUUCAAACGAAAAAUAAAACCUCUUAAACAAUUUAUCAAGGACUGCUUUCAACCCAUAGUUGCUUAUAAAUGGUAUUAUAUUGAUUAAAUACAGUUUUACACGCUGGUUCCGAAUCUGUCCUCAAAAAAAGCUAUCUAAGAAAAGUUGUGAGCACUUCCGAUUGAAAAAGGACUUACAAAUGCAAAAAAAAAACACGGGUUUGCUCUUUGCAAUGCCAAGAAUGCUUAAUCAUGGCAAAAAAAAAAACGCCUUUUCUGUGAUCACCGGGACCAGCUCUAUCUAAUAUCCAAAAUUAAGGGCUAUCAGAGUAAUUGAUUUUUUUCAACUACCGAAGUUUUGUCUCUACAAGUCAUGGUGCCUUUAAUAUAAUAAUUUUUUUGAGCAAAGAUAGUUUAAGCCUUUGAACCUUCGUAUCGUACAACAGCUCUUAUUGAGAAGUCUUUUACGAAUUGAGGUCAUGCUCUGGGUGAAAAUUUCGCAUUUUUCUCUGAAUUAUGGUGAAAAACUUUUGUACGAAGGUUUUCUCAGUUUCCAAAAUCUGAAACUCAAUUUUUCAGCCGCUACGUUUUCCACGACGUCGUCCAACCUCCUAUCAAUCCUCCUUACAAGAAAGCGCUGGAGCUCAAAAGAGCCGGAAAAUUAGAGCAGUCCUUAUGGGAAAUCAGAAAAGCGGUAAGGUACCAUAAAGUCAAUGAAAGAUUUUUUAAAUGAAAUUUCAGGAGUAUGCCAAGGUCCGAGAAGUGACUUCGGAUCGGGACAGAAAGCGUCCUGGCAACACGGACAUCGGUUAUACGGACGAGCAGGUCUCUGGACUCGCCGAUUUGUUUGGAGAUUUGGAAUCUUCUUGAGUCUGUUUGUUUUCUUUUUUAACUUUCUCUGCCAUGUAGGAAGUUAAGAAGGCUUUUCGAUUGUUCCUGUUUAAUUUUCGAUGCGAAAAUGCGUCUUCUCCAGUCUGAAUUCUAAACUAUUUUCUACACACUUUUUUUUUCAUUGAAGCAAAAUAAUUGAUUGUUAUGAGUUGGGUAACUUUGUUUUUGAAUGAAAUAAUUGAUUUACACGUUGGAAGCUUGUUGGUACAUUGUAUCAUGUUGUUGAAUUGCCUUUUCCCAUUCAUGAAUAAACCUUUUUAACGUUUUAGUCCUGUAGGGUCAUUUAUUAGAGGUGCGGAGUUUGCCGCACAAAAGGUGGCAAACAACCACUAUUCUUAAUGCUUUCCGGACUGUUUGCGCAACUCAACUCCUUGCCUUACCGGUCAUGUUCAACUUCAAAGACGUCUUUUCCCUCCUUCUUCCGGUUCGGAAUGGGCUCCGGAAAGCACUUGGCCUGACUUUUGGCUGAAUUUUUGUUAAGUCCUCUCGAAUUGCCUUGGUCAACAAAGCGUUUUCCAUGCGUUUCGGGAUUUUUUUUGCUUGUGGUUAUUUUGAGAUUGUUUUUGACGGCUUUUUUUGAUUUUUUUCAAUAAUUUUUUUAAAAUUAGCUUUUCAUUCGAAAUUUUUCUAAUCUUUUCUUGAGAGAUUUUCAGCUUUUCUAGGCUUGCUCUCAAAUUACAAAUUAAAAAAAAUUUUUGAAUUUUUUUCGUAUGCGUAGUAGUGAAAAAAUAAAAAUCGGCGCUACGCAAAUAUUUUUUUCUCGCAUUUACAGUAAAACGGUUGCAAGAGAGCUCAAUAUUAUCGAGUUUAAACUACAUCAAAGUGAAAAAAAAGCUGUUUUGGAGAUUUUCAAGGUUCUCAUUGAGAAAUUGUAGAACUUGAGUUUUUUUUUUUGAGUCACACAGUCUAAAAACCCCCAAAAGUGUUUUUUUCUUCAACCUUGCUCUCAGUAAUUUUGUCAAUGCUUCUUCAAAGUUCAAAAAAUGGUUUAAAACAACUUGGGCGGUUUUUCGUUGUGUGAAAUACAUUUAUUGUGCGAUCAUGGCUUUUCCUUUCAAAUAAGGUAGUCGAAGACCUGAAUGACAUGACCUUGAACACGGCGACGGUGGUGCUCGACGUAGAAGGCGUCCACUUCAAGACGCGGAUCAGCACGUUGACGUCGCUCAAGAACAGCUUCUUCGACAAGCUCUUCGAGUCAAACUGGCGCAAGUCAUUGACCAAAGUGAGUCAAGAUGACGUGCGUUUUGAAAGAUAAGUCAAUGACAGGAAGGGCAUAUUUUCGUCGACCGCGAUGCGUCACUCUUCCCGUUCGUCUUGAAUUUCCUGCGCGACGGCGAGGCGACGCCGUUGCCUCGUGAUGAGUUCGUCCUGCACAGGAUUCUCCAGGAGGCCAAGUACUUUUCCGACCUCAGAAAUCAUGACUUGGGUCUGAAGUGUUCGGAGAAAGAAAAAGUAGUAUGGAAUACGAAAUUCGGAACUUAUAAUAGUGGAUAAUAUACUCAGCUUGUAAAGCUUUUCAAAUUCUAUCUAACAAAAAAGGCUUUGAUUGGCUAGUUAUGCUUUUUUGCGGUUUUGGUAGACCUCACGGUGCUUGAAAAACGGAAAAUGGGCGCAGUGAAAAAAAGUUUGGAUUAGGAUAACUUUGAUAGUUGUGAGCAGAUUCCUCUACGAAAUUCAGUUGUUUUUUUUUAAUUUCAUCAAAAGAUGAAGUCUUUUUCCAGUUACUUCAAGCUCGGACAGCUCCGCGACUAUGUAGAGCGAAGGCUCGCGUGAGUUUUUAGUUUUUUAUUGACUUUCUUACUCUCAAAACCUUGAGAAACCCUUAAAAAAAGUAAUAAAAAGGUUUAUAAGUAACUAAUUUUCAGAAGCAUGACAAAAGUAAUGGAAUUUGAUACGCCGCCGCAGCUCCCCGCUACAAAACGUAGGAAUUUUUUCAGGGUUACAAACUAUUCCACUUUUCAGCCCCAUUACCUCCACCUACCGAGAAGCCAGCCAUCCAAAUGCCGAUGAGAAAAUCGGAGGCAGACAAGAAGAACAAGCUGAAAAAAGUGGACUCGAUCAGUCUGCCGCGAAACUUCACGUGAGAUCAUAUUCUUUAAAAAAAAAUAUAUUCGAGAACAAAAAUAAGAAUCUAGCUUUUCUACCGAAAUUACAAAAUUUGAAAUGAGGAAGUGUUACAGACACGUUGCCCACGUCGGUUGGACUGGAAACGGCGUCGUUUUCGACAAUGCUUCAGAUGACGUCAUUGUACAGAAGAUCGCCAACGCAGCUUCUGAAGCCCUUGACUUUGACGUCAGAAUUUCCUCGAAUAACUUCAAAUAUAGAUGGAGUUUAGGCAGUUUACAACGUAGUGAAUGGCGAGAACGGAGACGGAAGCCACAGUGUUGAGGUGAGUCUGGUCGAAACAUUUGCAGAUUGAAAACAAAUAUUGGAAAAAAAGAAGUUCUAUUUUACAGUUACUUCUCUAGCACUAUGAUCUCUUUAUUUUUCUCCUGAAGAGUUUUUUCUUUUUAGGUGGUUCUAGCUGGAGGUAUGAUGCAGUCAAAACUGUCCGACAAUGCUCCGCCGAUACCGAAGAAAACUGUUCACUGAAGAUAAUGAAUAAUUUGAGCACUUGAGUCUGAGGAAAGGAAAAAUAUUCAGUAAAUUGAAUCAUAACUAUGAGAUAACUACCAAUUUGAAAAAAAUUCUAACAAAAAAAGGUCAUUUUACUUUUUGGUUGGAAACUUGGAAAUUGGCCAAACUGCUUUUCGACAAAAGAAGAUUCUGGAAGUCUCAACCUGCACAAAGAACUAGUUUUUGAGAAAUGAGAGCUCCAACCCCCGAAAUGACCUGUUUUAAAGGGUUGCCCGGGUUUUCUACGACAUUCCGGUUUCCUUCCUCAAAAACUUGUAAAUUAUGCAGGUUAUGACUUUCCGGUACAUCAAGGAGUAUUCUAGCGAGUUUUGAGGAAGAUUUCAACUACAAGCUAGAAUGACCAUUCUUGUAAGUUGAAAACUGAAUGACCGCAGACGCUAGAAGGUUUGGAACAUGAGUUCAAAAAUCGUGUAAGGAAAAUUGGAGAGGCCAACUCUUCAUGAAAGAAAAACUGACGUGAGAUUUUUGAAGCUUGUUUUUCGGAGAUUCCAUCGGGACCGAAAUGAGUUUUACCCGAGAGCCUGCACGGCUGUAGGUGGUCCUUUUGUUGGCGCAGACCCAACGGCACAAUGCCGGAGGCCGCAUCAUCUCUAUUAUUGGAUGCGUCGGCCAUCCGAUAGUAUUCUUCCGGUGCGUGCAUAUAAAGCUCGGCAAAAUAUGAGCUGCCGUUGCUCAAAAACGUCGACAGAAUAGUGCUGUCGUCGUCCCCACCGUUGCCUUCAUGACGGUCACCUCUUCACUUCUCGCUUCUCUUCUUCUUUUUGCUUCAGGUAUCCUUUUUUGUUCAUUUUUUUCAUCGAACUCUCGUCGGUUACUGCUUUUUUGACUAUCACUUUGAUUAUUUGGAAAUCAUGAGGUUUCAAGAAAAACAUUUGACCAUUUUUGCUUCACAAAAUACUCUCUUAAUUCCUUUUUUUCUAUUAUUUCAUGUAGUAAGUUCAGGAAACACUUAUCAAGAUCUAGAUUAAGUUUAAAAACUACCAACAAAAAUAUUAUUUUAGAAAUUUUUAGACCUCUAGAAUUCAUAGCCUAGGAUGUAGACUUUAUUAUCUGCAUUUAACUUUCUUCUCUUCGCUCCGAUUUUUUUGCCAAUAAGUUUAUCAAUAAAUCUUUGAAAUUGUGAAAUCCUACUCGAGAAAAGGCAAAAGAAACUGAUAUAAGAUUCUUUUGGUGGCUGCGCAACCUCAUUAAAAAGCACUUUGAAGCGUAAAAGUUCUUUUUUUUCUUUGUCUUUUCUGAUAUUUGCCCUGUUUGAAAUAUUAUUUUUUCAGUUUGGCGCAGCGAAUCAACUUCAGUAGUGCCAUGUAUGCUUUGUACGGUCUGCACAGAAACUUUCGAAUCAGAGUCAACACCAACAGGCGCCCUUAACGCAAUGUUCAAGUCAGUUUUCUUCUUUUUUUCUUUUUUUUUUUGUUUCUGUUAUUAUUUUUUUUUUCUCUCGCUUAACUAAUUAUUAACGUUUCUUUUUCUAACUAGUUUGUCUACCUCCAAAUGUGGUUAGAAAUCAAUCCUUUGAGUUCUUGCGGAUUCUUCUUUGAUUGACUCACCGGAGUUUUCACACCAAAGCGCUUCCAAAUUGAUUUUCCAUUCAUUGUUGAUUGAAAAAAAGCUUUUAAAAAUGUAGGACUUUUCCUCAAAAAUUGUUUCAAAGUUUGAGAUAUCGAUUUUUUACUAUUUUUCGAUUUGAAGUAUUGAUUGAAAAACCAGUUUUCUCACUUACAUUGGUUCCUUGAUGAACUCUUGAUUUUUGUUGCAGACCUGGUUCAAAAAAAUUUCCCAUGGCUUCUUUUUUUAUCGCAAUCUGUUUUUCUUUGAGGUCCUUUUUGAGAAGGCCCAAAAAAAUUAAUUAAAGUUUGUGAGAAGAAAUAAAAUGCUUAUACAUACAGAUAAGGUUAAUAAAAAAAUCAUAAAAAAACUAAUUAUUUUUUUGCACCCAGACUGCUAAAUAUUGUUUUCUGCGCUUUAUUUAUCUUGAAAGACUUGAAGGCUAGUGAGUCGUUAGAGGAAAUCAAGUCCUUUCUUCUUCACAUCCUAUUCCCAAAGAUUCUUCAUAAAUCUAUUUACUGGUAGAUUUACAGAAAAUGCGAUCGGAUGGGUCUGAUGGAACCAGUGUGCGGACAGUUCGUGACGGAAAACGUGAAGACGAUGUUCCAACACGCGAAAUCAGGCAUCCCGCCAGCGGCCAUCUGCCGUGCCAUGCAACUCUGUGAACAAUAA